AUGGCGGAACAACAGGCUGUGGAGAGCCAGAUGGAACGCUUGGAGCGCCUACUUGCUGAGGCGCAAUUGGCAAAUAAGGACCUGACCGAUGCGGCAGAGGCUUCUAGAAACGAGGCUCAGGCUUCUAGAGCCGAGGCUGAGGCUUCUAGAAACGAGGCUCAGGCAUUGAGGGUGCAAACCGAGAAAACUGAUCUACGUACCUACAUGGAUGCUGUUCAUCGACAUCUACAAUGCAACCUUCAAGUUGAGGAUGAUCCAGCUUCCACGACACAAGGAUUGAUGACUAGGCCCAAGGGAAGACUCUGCCCUUCAAAGAUACACAGAUGGGACAAUUUACCUCUCAUUCAACAGGAGCUCUGGAAUAAACUCUGGACCGUGGAUACUGAUUUUUUCUAUGACAAGCAAUAUGAUAGUUUGAACACCAUUGAAACUGUUGGCGGAGAUGUAGGCGGUGAUCGGAUAAGCUCGGAAACCGACCUCGUUAUAUCGAUAAAGCGAGUGAUGCAGACUCCAGUUGCAAAGAUCCUAACGAAGAUACGCACAAACAAGAAGCUUUCCACAGCAUUUCACGUCAACGGCGAGAUCAGUUUCCAAAAUCACAGCAAUGGCUUGAGUGAGGAACAGCGUUUGGAGACUGAGCUGAACGACUUCCGUGACCGUUCGAUUCCCUCAAGCCCAUCAACACCCACAUUGAAAGCCUCUGUAUCUGCGGAUGACCGCCUGCGCGCUAGCAUAGCGAAUGUGAACGAGAACGAGGCGAAAUCGAGCGUUCACGCAGACUUAUUCUACACUGUGAACGUCGACGGACAGCGGCUCCCUCGACUCGUUGUAGAAUACAAGCCACCACACAAGGUGACCGUUGAGACAAUGUAUGCCGGGCUUCGUGACAUCAGACCAUUCGAGGAGGUCAUCAACCGCGUCGAGACCCUAACAACCCUCAAAGAUCACGCAGAGCUCCUCAUGACCGCAGUCGCAUGUCAGACAUACGAUUAUAUGCUAGAGAGUAGGCUUCAGUAUGGGUUCUUCAGUACAGGUGAGAUCUACGUAUUUUUGCAUAUCGACCCGAAAGACCCAACAACAUUACUCUACUUCCCCUGUGUGCCUAAGGUUGAGUUGGAAGAUGGCACUAACUGGGAUUCGGCAUCAACCGCGGAGAAGGACAAUCGGCUGCACGAAACAGCCCUUGGUAGGGUCUUCAUCUUCUGCCUCCAAGCAUUACAAAGCGAGCGGUUGUCACAUGAAUGGCUGGUACAAGCAAAGAAUGUUGUGCGGAGAUGGGAGCCUGAUCAUCAGGCAAUGCUUGAUCGGAUUACGGAAACGCUCCGGAAGGAAAAGAAAGAUCUUGAUCCUCCUUAUAAAGGGCGUUGGGCUCGUCCAGGUGACGAUUUUGUGUGUCCUUACUCACUGCGCUCGAAACGCGUUAAGUCAAAGCCAGUGCUGCCAAGUGCAACAUCGUUAAACACAUCAUCAUUUCGUUCCAAUGGAACCAACAGUGACUCAGGUGACGAUGAUCAAGCACGUCCCUCCGGGCAAGGUAGCAAUGAUUAUACCAAAAGCCCCAGCCUCCUCAUAAAAGCCAACAAGAGCAGUGGGUUCAAUGAGCCAACGGGUACAAAGUACGGCGGGAAUCAACGGCAAUACUGCACACAGCCAUGCAUUCUAAGUCUGUCAAAACACGGCCUACUUGACAAGGACUGUCCCAACUACUUUGAGCAUCUCUACGCAAAUAAUGGGCUUCACCGCCAUGCAAUCACCAAACACCAAUUUCUGGGUCUUAUGAGAGAUCAACUCGCAAAAGAUCUUGACAAUGAUUUCAUUGACCUCUACAUUGCAGGGUCAAGAGGGGCGACCUUUAAAGCAUCUUUAAGUGCCUUCGGCUAUACCUUAAUAGCCAAGGGUACCAGCUUUCACUGGGUCUCAGACCUACAGCACGAGUGCAAAGUGUACGAACAUCUGGUGGAUUUCCAAGCACAUAGCAUUCCCGUCUGUUUGGGACUCAUCAGUCUUGCAAAUCAUUAUGCUUACACUGCCCAAAAGCAUCUGACUGCUAUGAUGUUUUUAUCCUAUGGCGGCAAACCCCUCAUACGCAAUCCUCCCUUGCACUUAACAUCUCCUACAGCUAGGUCAAAGGCUGCUAAACGCGCGAAGAAAGCAUUUCAUGCAAUGCGUAAACUCGGACUUCUACAUACCGACAUCGCGCUUCGAAAUUUGCUAUGGAGCGCAGAGCUGAACUGCGUCAUGUUCAUCGAUUUCGAGAGAUCAGUGGUGUUUAGUCAGAAAAAGAAGGGCCAUCAAAGCGCUACGAGCAUGGCACUGAUAAAGCGAACCGACAUCUCACCCAUCAACUCGAGGUCCGCACAGGAGAUGGCCACCAAGACUGCUGGAGCUUUGAUGCCUCUUCUGGGUAUUUGGGAUAACUAUGGCGAGAACGAGUCCCAGAACUCAUACAAAGAUGCAGGAGUCGUCACAAGCAUCGCGUCGCCUCUUGCGUCUGCCAGUUAUAUGGACAAGGAGAAUAACGCUAACGCCGCCAAUAACAUGGUCUCAAAACUCCCACUCGCAAUGCAACAAGCCAGACGGCCAGCUCUACAGCCACUCUCGUACAACAUCCAAAGCAGAAAGCCAGGCGAGCUGAAAGCUCCUUCCAAAUGUAGAGAGCCUACUAAUGCUCCGUUGAAAAAAGCCAAGGCGGUACAAGCUCACGAUGGUCGCGAAAUUAUUCUGAAACACCACCUCAACAAACGCAGCUAUGCCCACACAACCCUGCUGUUCAAAGGUGAGGAGGCGUUGCUGGAGUCGGAGCUCAAGGACUGGCUUGAUCGGUGUCAGAAAGAAGAGGACGCGUCGGUGCGGCCGCCCUCGUCGCUGACGGCGGUGUAG